ACCCGCACCUGCUCCUCCACGGACCCCGCAGCCCCCUGAGGAGGGGGUCCGCAUCUCCUCUCCAACCGUUUGCAAGAAUAAUAUUAUCCCGCAAGAAUUAAACGCACCUACCGCACCUUUUGUUCCCUUCACCACCACCACAGCGGCGAGGACGCGCUUUCCACGCAACACCUCGCACCAAUUCUUCGAAAAAAGGGUCGACAAGAACUUCUCCAGGACCAGAACCUUAUGGAAACAAGAUGGCAGGAUUCCUCGUAUCUCGGAUGAAGUAGAGCCCUCAGCAGCACACUCCCACCCUCCAUUUCCUCUUCCCUCACUUUCAAAGGGUUUCAGAAUGGAUGAGCAGAGAUGCAGCCUCCCCCCGCCCCUCAAGACAGAAGAGGACUAUAUCCCUUAUCCCAGCGUCCAUGAGGUUCUGGGUCGCUGCAGCCCUUUCCCACUCAUCCUGCUGCCACAGUUCGGAGGCUACUGGAUCGAGGGAAACAAUCAUGAGCCCAAAGAAGCACCGGAGGCUGAGCAACCUCCCUGUCCCUCCUCCCACAUCAAACUGGAGACCAACAGCACCGCCAAGAUCUACAGGAAACAUUUCAUGAGCAAGGAACACUUUAAUUACUACACCAUGGACGCUGCCCUGGGCCACUUGGUCUUUUCCAUGAAGUAUGAUGUCAUUGGGGAUCAGGAGCAUCUGCGCUUGAUGCUUCGCACAAAGCUAAAAACCUACCACGAUGUAAUUCCCAUCUCCUGCCUUACCGAGUUCCCCAAUGUGGUUCAGAUGGCCAAGCUUGUUUGUGAAGAAGUUAACGUGGACCGGUUUUACCCCGUCCUCUACCCAAAGGCGUCGAGGCUCAUCGUCACCUUUGAUGAGCACGUGAUCAGCAACAACUUCAAGUUUGGAGUUAUUUAUCAGAAGUUCGGCCAGACAUCGGAGGAGGAGCUGUUCGGGAACAUGGAUGAAAGUCCGGCCUUUGUCGAGUUCUUGGAGUUCCUGGGCCACAAGAUUGAGCUUCACGACUUCAAAGGGUUCCGAGGGGGGCUGGAUGUCGCUCACGGGCAGACGGGCACAGAAUCCAUCUACACAAGUUUCCAUAAUAAGGAGAUUAUGUUCCACGUGUCCACCAAGCUGCCUUACACGGAGGGAGACUCGCAGCAGCUGCAGAGGAAGAGGCACAUCGGCAACGACAUCGUAGCCAUCAUGUUCCAGGAGGAGAACACGCCCUUCGUCCCAGACAUGAUCCAGUCCAACUUCCUGCACAGCUACGUGGUGGUGCAGGUGGAGAACGCGUGCACGGACAAUGUCACCUACAAGGUGUCUGUGACAGCGAGGGACGAUGUUCCUUUCUUCGGGCCGGCUCUGCCUGACCCUGCCAUCUUCAAAAAGGGCCCAGAGUUCCGCGAGUUCCUCUUCACCAAGCUCAUCAACGCAGAGUACGCCUGCUACAAGGCUGAGAAGUUUGCCAAGCUGGAGGAGCGCACACGCACUGCCCUGCUGGAGACGCUCUACGAGGAGCUGCACAUCAACAGCCAGUCCAUGAUGGGUCUCGGUGGGGAUGAAGAUAAGCUGGAGAACGGGGGCGGCGGCGGAGGAGGAGGAGGAGGAGGAGGCUUCUUCGAGUCCUUUAAGCGGGUCAUCCGCAGCAGAAGCCAGUCUAUGGACGCCAUGGGCCUCAGUAACAAGAAGUCACACACAGUCUCCACUAGUCUCAGUGGCAGCUUUACCCACAAUCCCGCAGAGAGCCCCAAAACCCCAGGGAUUUCAUUGCUUGUCCCGGGGAAAAGUCCCAGUAAAUAUGGACGACGAGGCAGUGCCAUAGGGAUAGGAACAAUAGAAGAGUCUUUGAUAAUUCCUGGGAAAAGCCCAACCAGGAAAAAGUCCGGGCCCUUCAGCUCCCGGCGCAGCAGCGCCAUCGGCAUCGAGAACAUCCAGGAGGUCCAAGAGAGGAGCCGGGAGGCGUCGCCGAACCCCCAGAGGACGUCCGACAUCAGCCACAUGUGGCUGGAAAAUAGAUCAGACAACUCGUCCAAUCACAGCUCUCCAGAGUUUCCUGCCCCCAGGAACAGAGUGACCCAGGUGUGCAGUUUGGCGAUGUGUUACAGGGCGCCUUCCAUCCCCGAGGCCCAGGACCUUUCCCGCUCUUCCUCCAACGCCAGCAGCUUCGCCAGUGUCGUGGAGGAGCAGGAGGAGGAGGAGGCCGAGGAGGAGUACGACACCGGACUGGAGAGCGUGUCCUGCGUCACGCCGCUCAAGCAGGACUCGUUUGCGUUCAGCCCUGUUGCCGAGGACAGUGUGAGCAGCACCGGCCAGGGAGGUUUCCCAGCCUCACGUCUUGAGCAGCAAGCGGAUGGAGCGAAGACGCCGGAGCCAAAAGGGACAGACGGCAGGCCCAAGAUGGAGCGCCCCCCGCAGGAGCAGAAGUCCUUGUCGAACUGUUAGCCCCAACACAAAUGAAACAGAAUCAACGUCCAUUUUCAGCAUUACCAUUAGAGGCAUUUGCCAAAAAUGAGCAGAGGGCAAUGAUGAUUUCCCCCGCUGAUGCAGAAGGGGAGCAGAUGGAAGCCCGAACAGGAGACCGAGGGAUCUGCCGCCUGUCACAAUGAGACUUCCAGCUUCACGGAAGUGUUCCUACCCGUCGCCCUCAAUCCAGCUCCACGGAGAAUCCCUCUUAAACGCUCGAGGCGAAGACAAGGAGACCUCCACCACCACGUCUGGCUGAUGGACUGUCACGUGUCAGCUGGCUUAGCAGAGUACGUCUGCCUGCCCCGCUCUCCAGGCCAGUAUACGCUCUGAGCUCUGACACCUGAUUCUUUCUGUAAAGUGAUCCCUCUCCAAUGUCGUGUCUGCUUUUCAAGAUCAGGAAUUGAUGAACGGGGGCUUUAAUCCCGAGAGGAGAAGCCGAGGGUCCGUAGAGGAAGCGUUGCACUAGAGAGGAAAUGUGUUUUUAAUGUCCGCCUCGCAUCCCACUGUGAUAUUGUCCAUGGGUUUUAAAUGUACCGGGUGUGCGUGCGUGUGUGUCAGUCAGGCCAUGUUUUGGUUUUAUUAUCUAUUCCUCUUCUUCUGAGUAUCCUGUGAAUAUUGGUUGUAAAUUCCUCAUGUUUUUGAUGGAGGGUACGUGACCAUGCUGCUGUUGGUGGCUGCAUAAGCAUAAUUUACUUGGAAAAUGUGUCUGACAUGUUUUUUACAUUCAAAAUGUCAAUGUUCAAGAAAUUCAGACUGUGAUGAUGCUCUAUGAAUAUGAACAGAACUCCUGUAGAGCCCCAACCAGCAACAUGCAUCCUCCCGUCCAAUCCUCUCUGUCACACGCUCCACUUGUUGAUUUGAUGUCUGUGUGCGGGUGUGUUAAACAAACGGUUCUGUGCAUGGUGUAAAUCUGCUUGCCAAAAAAAAAAAAAAAAAACACCUCUCCUCCUGAACACUGGUGCCACCCCCCCGCCUCUGUGAUUUGUGUUUUUAUUAAGGGAAGAAACCAGCCAACAUCUCCGCAUUGCUGAUGGAGCCAAACGCCACAGUUCUAUUUGUAAAGUUGAAUAUAUGUAUAUGACCGAAGCACUACCCCCCCCCGGAUGCUGACCUGCUGAGAAACAUGACUUGUCAUGAAUUACACUGUGACUGGUCUGGACUGUUGCCUUUAUGAUUGUCGCGCGAGCUGCUCUGAUGUAAAGGUCAUGUUUAAAAAGGCACUGCGUUGCCGGCUGGGCUUGAAUGUAAAACUAUCGGCUGACAAGUGAUGCUGCGCGUGAAGUGUGAAGCAGCUUCUCCUUUGAGUGGACGAGCUUCCCCCUGUUUAUCGUUUGUUGUGAAGAAAAGAAGGGAUUUGUUCACUUGUUUUAUUUCAGUUGUGUAACUGAAGCGGACAUGAGAUUCAUUGUCUUUAGUUAAUCAGCAAAAAGCAUUUACAUUUUACACAUGAAAGUACAAAAUGUUUGAAGACACUUGACCAAAA